UCUAUAAUUUUGAUCGGUUUAUUUCCAUCAUCGUCAUCAUCAUCAUCAAAUCGACGAGAAUCGAAAGCCAGAAAAACCGACAAUCCAUUUGAAUCAAUUUGUGAAAAUUUUGAAAAAGGCAACAAAGGCAACUGGACAUCAUCAUCAUUUCAAGUAGCCGACUCCGGUGCUGUUGAUUAUGUACCAUUUAUAGAUCAUACUCGAUAUGAUGGUGAAGGACAUUUUGCUUAUAUUCGAUCGAAAAAUAGAUCACCAGUUUCUGGAUCAAUGAAAGCAGAAAAUCCUCAUAUGGUUGACGAAUCUACUAAAGUUUGUUUUCGUUUUGCAUAUUUUCUUUAUGGUGAAGAUCAUUCAAUGGUCAAUUUGAAAGUAUUAUCAUCAUCAUCCGAAUCGAGUGAUCAAAAAUCAAAAAUCUUAUUUCGAUCAUAUGAUGAAAUUACAAUUAAAUGGCAUGAAGCAUAUAUCGAUUUAACAAUCGAUGAAAAUAGCGAUCAUUUUGAAAUAAAUGGUCUGAUUCAUCAAGGUAUUCUUGCAAUUGAUGAUAUUAAAGUUACCAUUGGUGAAUGUGUAACACAAGAAUUGGAAUGUGAUUUUGAAUCUGAUAUAUCAUCCAUGUUUAAACCAUCAUCAUCAUGGAGAAUUUGGAAAGGUGCCGAUAUUGGUAUCAACGAUCAUACAACCGAUACUAAAGAUGGACAUUUCUAUGGAAUUUUCAAAGAAGCUAAAAGCAAAGAAAUUGGUACAUUUAGUACGGUGACAACGAAAAAAGCAUUUGAUGAUUAUUCCUGUUUACGAUUCUCUUAUUAUUUGAUGGGAAAUCGGAAUGUUAGCUUAAGUUAUUUAGCUAUUGAUGUAGAUAAUGAAUUAAUAUUCGGUGAUUCAUGGGAAAUAAUUGGUGCAAACAAUCUGAAUGGCCAAGUUGGUUGGAUGACACAUCAAGCAACAAUUUCUAAUCCUGGUGAUGCAAUGGGUUUUCGUCUGCAAAUGAAAAUCGAAAUUUUAGCAGUCUCUGAUAAUGAAGAAUUGGGCGUAUUUAUCGAUGACAUUUCUAUCUAUCCUGGUGAAUGUACUAGUACAGGCGGUGAUUGUGAUUUUGAAGAUGAUGAUGCUUGUUCAUUGGAAAUAUUAAGAUCAAAACCCAAUGAUGAAUUCACUGAUGAUUGGAAAAUUCAAUUAGCAAAUAGAGAAAAUCUUACAGAAUUAGCAUUUUAUUUUAUGACCAAUUAUAUUGAUAGUGAAUGGCAUGUUUAUUGUCCACGUUUACAUGGUCCAUAUAUUGAUCAUGAUUUUACAUACGAUUCAAUUUAUGGUAAUUAUCUAUUGUUCGUAUCACAUCAUAAUGUUGAACGUGGUAUCAUUCUUACUGAACGUUAUGAUACUGGUGGCAGUGAAAAUAUCAAUUUCUGUCUAUCAAUGGCCAUUGUUAAACCAUGUUCGGAUUCAUAUUUAGAAAUCUAUCAAGCUGAAUCAUUCUCGAGUUCAGCAAAAAAAUUAUUCGGAACAAACUUUUCAACCAAAGAAUGGCGUAAAAUUGAAAUACAAACACGACGAUUGAAUGCAGCAUCGAAAGAUAUUUAUUUUUUUAUUAUUGCUACCGUUACGAAUAAUGAUUAUGGACGGCAAGAUAGUUACGUAGCGAUUGAUAAUUUUUCUUUUAAAAAAAGUAGCUGUAAUAAUCCUGAUAAUCCAUUGCCUUAUUCCACAACAACGACGACAACAACCACUUUAUCAUCAAUAUCAACAACACCAAUACAUGGAUUCCAUGAUCAUAAAUUCUAUUGUGAUCCAUCUCAAGUCAUAUCGGUUGAAAAAGUUUGUAACUAUCAUAAAGAUUGUCCAGAUGGUUUAGAUGAAUUAGAAUGUGGUUCAUGUGAUAUAAGACCAGGUUAUAUUUGUGGCUAUGAAAAUGAAGCCACAGUUCAUUCGUUUCGAUGGCGAUUAACCAAAGAAUCCGAAUGUGGACCACAUGAUCAACUGGAAAAUUCAUUAACAGCUUAUGGUUCAAUAACAACACCAUAUCAAGAUAACGCUAGACUAAUAUCACCAAUAAUUCAUCAAUCAUAUGGCGGCUGUCGUUAUUCAUUUUUUUAUCUAUUUCAUAGUAAAUGGAAAGAUAGCAAUGAUCGAUUUGCUUUAAAAUUGAAAAUCCAAGAUGGAAACGAAUUGUUAUUAUGGGAUAGUGGAAUGCAACUAUCAACAGCAUUUGAAAUGAAUGAAUGGCAUCGGAUUGAUUAUUGGCUUGGACGUAUACCACAUUCAUUUCAAUUAAUACUUCGAGCUUCACCAUUAGGUCCAUAUGUGGCAACUAGUACAUAUAGUGAAUCUUAUCAUUCUGUUCUUAGCUUUAAAAUGGAAUAUUGUGAUCCCCCGAAACCAAUGAAAGAGGAUGAAACUUGUAAUAAAUUUCUUUGUGCAAACAAUGUUUGUAUUGAUGAAGCAAAUGUUUGUGAUUUUGAAGAUGAUUGUGGCGAUGGAUCGGAUGAAAAUGGUCGACAAUGUGAUUUCACCAAUCGUAUGACAGACUUCCAAGAUGAUAAUGAUUUUGGACGUUGGGGUGAUUAUUAUCGUAUCAAUUGGCGUAUAGAAGAUGUCAAUUCAUUCAACAGUUUUCGUCAAGGACCUGGUUAUGAUCACACUUUGCGAUAUGCAUCUGGUGGUCGUGUUCUGUUCACUGAUACCGAUAAAGAGAAUAAUGAAGCAAAAAUGUCAAUAAUUGAUGGUCCGCCAAUGCUAAUUCCAGCAACAGCAUCGUGUAUUGUACGAAUGUUUGUAUUGAAAAAUAGCAAAAAUUCGACAUUGUUUCUAAAACUAUGGGAUCUAGAAACGGGUCAAACACAUUUAUUGGCUACAUUGAGAGAAGAUAGACACUAUUUUGAUCGAUUUUAUUAUGUGUUCGGUAAUCAAGAUAAUAGAUGGAAUGGAACAUAUAAAAUUCUUAUUGAAGCCGAAUUAAGACGUUACAAAGGCGAAUACUUGAAACCUUAUAUUGCCAUUGAUGAUAUAAGUUUUUCUAAUGAUUGUCACAUUCUAACGGAAGAACCCGUCAAUUUAACAACAAUUGCACCGGAUCAUUUUUGUGAUGGUAUUUGGUGUGAAAAUGAAAAACAAAAGCUUAUCUGUGUACCGGCAAGUGAAAUAUGUGAUUUCAUUCCACAAUGUCGGGAUGGCUUGGAUGAACUUCAAUGUGGUGAUUGUACUUUUAAUCUUCAAUCAUCUUGUCGUUGGGAAAGUCAAGUUGAAACUAAUGGUCAUGUUAGCCAUUGGGAUGUAUAUGAUCCAGCAUCAAAUGCACCAGAUCCAUUGCCAACACGUGAUGGCCAGCAGAAUCCAAUGGGUGGUUAUUACGGUUUCAUUUUUGAUUCUAAUAAACAAGAAACAACAUUGAAAAGUCCAACAAUCAAUGGUCGUACAGAUGGAAAUUGUAAAUUUUCAUUUCGAUUAAUGACAAGUCUAGAAACAACUAUUUCAUUAUAUGUCAAUGACCAUUUUCUAUGUUCUUUCUUAAUCACUGAACGAAAUGAAUGGAAUUAUUAUACAACUGAUUUUGGUGAAAGAUUUCCUAGUUUUAAUUUAUUUUUCGCAAUUAGUUCAUUUAGAAUGCCAGGUGACAAACGAAAUCAUAAAGAAUUUAUUGCCGUCGAUGAUAUACGUUUUCUCAAUUGUACAAAAUCCAAUCAUGAUGAUAAACCUGAAUCGAUUAAAAAAUUGAAUUGUGAUUUUGAAACCGAUUUUUGUGGUUGGAAGAUAAUCAAUGAUUACCAUCAACAACAGCAAUUGAAUUGGUUUCGUACAAAUCGUCCAGAUAUUGAACCCGGUGAAGAUCAUACGAGUCAUUUACGGCCAUUGCCACGAAAACAUGGUACAUGGCUCUCGGAUUCGAUCAAAAUAAUGAUGGAUAAUGGUGAUGGAAAUCGACCUAGACAAUCAAUAUUGAAAACAGCAUCGCCGAUCAAUGGCAAAAAAAAUGAUUAUUAUUGUUUUACAUUUUGGUAUUAUUUUUUUGGUAUAAGUUCAGCUACAUUAAAUGUGAAAAUGAUGCAAUUUGAUAAUCAUAAUAAUGUAACUCAAACACAAACUCUUUGGCGACGAACAAGACCACAAACACGCAAUUGGCAACCAGCAUGGAUCGAAUUACAAACACCAUCAGAUAAAGAUUUUGAUUUGAUUAUCGAAUCGUUGAAUAAUGGAAAUUCAAUUGCCGGUAUUGAUGAUAUUGGUAUUAUGCAGGGAAAAUGCUCAUUGCCUUCGAAAGAAUUUUGUGACUUUGAAAUCAAUGAAUGUGCGUGGAAACCAUUGGCUGGCCAUUUAAAACGUUGCCAUAAUUGUCAAACUAGAGAUCAUACAACCGGUUCAACUGCAGGACAUUAUCUUGCGCUACCAUUAUCUGGUGAUUCCGAUACGAUGAUUUCAUCGUUGAUUCAAUCAAUCGAAUCGUUAUCGUUUUUUCCUGAAGAUGAUACUGCCGUAAUGAAUCCACUACGACGAUAUGAUCUUUGUAUUAACCUGUAUUAUUAUUUUCAAACUCUUUCCGAAUUGAAUUUAUUCAAUAUUCAACAACAAACAACUGCAAGAAAUGUGCAAUUAUCAUUACAAAUACAAGAAAACAAUUAUCGAUCAACAUUGAAAAAUGUUAGUCUCGAUGAAAUUAUAUCGAUUAAUCAACAGAAUAAAUGGACAUCAAUGAGUGUUAGUUUUACAGCGACAAAAAAAGCAUCGAUCAUAAUGCAAAUUACACAAUCAUCGAAUCAAGAUACAAUGAUAUUGAUUGAUGAUGUACGAUUUGUGCCACAUUUUUGUGAUUCACUUCAUGGUAAUUGUAAUUUCGAAACCGAUAUGUGUGGUUGGUAUAAUGGAAUCGACCAGAAUCAAGAUGCAACGGAUAAUCGAUUAAUUUAUUGGAUUCGUGUACAGCCUCGGAAUGAAAUCGUACGUCAUUCUGGUUGUUGGGUUGAUCAUACACUUGGACGGCCCGAUGGAAAUUAUCUUGCAUUACCGUUGGAUAUGUAUCGACAAUCAUCAUCUGCACAUGCAGAAUCCGUGUUACGUGGUCCAAUUAUGAAUCGUCCAAAAAAUGAACCGAUUGUCUGCUUUCGAAUGUAUUAUUUUGCUAAUUCUGUAGAUCAGAAUAUAACAACAGCAAUGACAUUACGUGUAUUAGAUCUACAUAAGAAUGGUGCCAUUGCACAAGAAUUUAAUAUCUAUACUCAAACACAUGAUCCAAUUGUUUGGAUGCCAUUUACACGAGAAAUUCGUAAAUUACCAAUGGUUUAUUCAUUUGAAAUUGUUGCUAAAUAUAAUGACAAAAUUGCUAGUGAUCUAGGUAUCGAUGACAUUACUAUUACACAAGGACAUUGUUGGAAUAAUUCCGAUUCAUCACCGGCACCAUCACCAACUACUGAAAUGCCUCAAAGUGAACGUAUCGCAGAUUGUAAUUUUGAACAUGAAUGUCAUUGGACAUUUUAUCCAAAAAUCUGGACAAUCACAUCUUAUUUACAACGACACGAUCAAUAUGCACCACCAUUAGAUCAUACAUUAAAACAUGAAGCUGGACAUUAUAUUUUGUUCAUUAAUGAUACAAAUCAAUUGAAUGAAACAACUCAAUAUCUGGUUGCUCCACCAAUGAUUUAUGAUAAAGAACGUUGUUUAACAUUCUGGUAUUAUGCUGAUGGUAGUUCAGUAUACGAUGUUGGUCGUUUGGAUUUCGCCUAUAGUCAUGGUAAUGUGAAUAUUUUGGGUAAAAAAUGGAUCCAACCGUUUGCCAGAUUACGUUUUCUUCGUACCCAAUCAUGGCGUUUACAUCGUAUAACUAUUCCUUUUGUUCAAGCAUCUGCAAAUGAUGAGAAAAUCUUGAUACGUAUGAAUUUUAGUCUAUCGGAAGAUAUUCCAUCAUCAUCGAAAGGAGUAUUCAAUUCAUUUGCAAUUGAUGAUAUUCAAAUACGACCAGGUCGUUGUAAACAUUUGAAUGAUUACACGUAUACAUUCACAAAUGGGCUUGAUGGCUUACAAUUAGAACAGAUUCAACCACUUGAUGAAAUGGACGCUUAUCUCUUUAAUUUUCCAACAUUUGAUGCCAAUCAUCAAACUGGAUUAUUUCCAUUGACAAUUCCACAUAAUGAUCAUACAACAUUUUCAACUACGGAUGGCUAUUAUCUUGGUUUUAUGAAUAAGAAAACUAAAAAACUGCAAAUUGAUUAUAUUGAUCGAUUGUCAAUCGAAAAUGUUCCAGCAGAUGUCUCACAACGAUCAUGUGUAAGAUUUGCUUAUAAAUUGGUGGGAAACGUAUCGCUCAGUGUUUAUUGGUCAGCUGGUGAAUAUUUUGAUGAUUAUCAUGAUCGUCAUAAUGAUCAUUUAUUAUGGGCAACAAAUUCAGAGAAACCAUGGUGGACUGUAGUUGAAUUUGAUAAACAACUUGAUUUUGAACAUCGAAUUGUAUUUGAAAUAAUAAAACCAACAAGCAAUAAGUCAUACUUGGUUUUGGAUGAUUUAAUCGUCAUGAAUAGUCAAUGUGAACGUCCAAUUGAUUGUGAUUUUAAUCAUGAUGAUUAUUGUAGCUAUUCGGAUUAUUAUACAAAAAGUGGUCAAGCAUUUCGUUUGUAUGCAACAUGGACAUCCAAUUUUCAUCCAGAUUUUCCCGGACCACGUCUUGAUCAUAGCCAAAUUGAAGGAAAUGGUUUUCUAAUGUUAUCCGCAUGGCGUUGGUCACCAGAUUCCAUUUAUACAGGUAAAAAAUAUGCUGAAAUUAUUUCCGGAGCUCAACGUAUUGAACGUGGUCGAAUUUAUUGCCUAGAAAUAUGGGCAUGGAUCAAUGAUGCAAAAGCAAGUGUUGAAAUUUUAUUGUUACGAUUCCAAAGGGGACAUUCUUCAGGCAGUAGAAUUCUCGGCCGAAUUUUAGAAGUUCAACAUGAUCGAUGGACACCAUAUUAUUUUACAAUUGGUCAUGAUAUGUUAGAAACAGAUAUUGAUGAAAUACAAAUUCUAAUCGAAGGUGUUGUUAUCAAGGAUCCAAAAACAAUGAUCGCUUUGGAUGAUAUCAGUUUCCACCAAGGUCGAUGUCAAAAUGAAAGUAUCAAAUGUUUGAAUGGAAAAAUAAUCAAGCCAGAACAGCAAUGUGAUUUCCGUAAAGAUUGUCCAUCUGGUUGGGAUGAAAUUGGUUGUGGUGAUGAAUGUAAUUUCGAAAAAGAUGAUUGUGGCUGGAAAGAUACAGGAUCCAUUGACCGAGAUUAUUGGUUUCAUACAUCGGUGCAAGAAAUGCAAUCAUGGUCACCAUCAUAUGCCCCAAAAUUCGAUGCUAAUGCCAAUAAAAAAGGUCAUUUUAUGAUGAUGCGUCGUUGGAUUGGUGGUCGAAAUAGUCAAUCUGGUCACGCAGAGAUGGCACUAAAUGCUCGAAAAAUGUCUUUAUAUUUCAAACAUUCAUCGGCCGAUUGCCUGAUUGAAUUUGAUUAUUACGCUCAAGCAUCAAAAGCAUUCUUUCUCAAAGUUCGUUUUGGUGAUGAAAUUAAUAAUAUGAACACUUUCUAUAUGAUUGCAAAUACAAUCGGUACAACUCAUGGUUCAUGGACACGUCAAUAUGGUCAUAUUGGCCUUCAUUGGACGCCAUUUAUCGUUGAAUUUGAUGUUUUCGAUCAAUCCACGCAAUCAGCUAUUGCUGUUGAUAAUAUUAAAUUUAUCGAAUGUGCAAUGGAUAAACCACUUAGUCAUGGACAAAAUUGUUCAUUGAGAUUAAUCAUGUGCAAUCAAACACGUAUUUGUAUUCGACCGGAUUCACUAUGUGAUGGUAUCAAUGAUUGUGGUGAAGAUGGUGAAGAUGAAUCUAUUGAACGAUGUGGUUCUCAGUUAUGGCGUCGAUGUUCAUUUGAAAGUUGGUCACAAUGUCAGCUGGACAUUGAUCACGUCAGUGAAGUUCAUGCACAUUGGCGAAUAGUAACCGGUCAUGAAUUUGAAGAUAAUCAAUUGAAUCCUGGUUAUGAACCAUUGAUUGAUAAUACAAGACGUUCUCGAUUAAGUCCAUAUGCUUUACUAGUACCAGGUCGAACUGAUGAUCAAAACACGCAUCACCGAUUUCGAUAUGCAUCAAUUUAUACACCAUUCCUGUCGUCCAAAGUGUUGAAUAUGACAAAUCCUUGUCGCCUAGGUUUCUAUUAUUAUUGGCAUACUGAUAUUGGCCGCGUCAUUGAUCCAAGAGAUUUAAGUCUUGAAGUUUUUGUUCGUUAUCAAGAUGAUGAUGAUGAUUGCAAUAAUGAAAAUGAAAUCGAAUCAACAUCACAUCAACCAAAAAUUUUAUGGUCAAUAACGGCAUCUGAUGUUUUGGAUCAACAAAGAUGGUAUAAAUCGGUUGUUGCAUAUCCAGAUCCCAAUGAUAAUGAUUGGAUCGAUCAUUGGAAUAAUAAUCAUGAACAUAAUUUGACAAUGAAACCAUUUCAAUUUGUUUUACGUGGUUGGAUACAUGAAGAUGAACAUUCUCGAUUAGCUAUCGAUGAUCUUAGCUAUGGUUUCAAUUGUAUUGCUGAAGAAACCCAUGAAACUACAACAUCGCCUACUAAUCAACCGAUUACUGGAUCAACCGAUCAACCUGUAAUACACAAUCAUAAGGGAUCUAAAGUUGGAACAGGAAUAUUUUUCGUCACAAUUUUCAUCGCCAUGAUGAUUAUUGUAAUUGUUGUGGUUGCCAGACGACAAUAUUAUCGACAUUAUCAUAAUCGUAAUGAUUUGGAUAAUUUGGUUGUUUCAUUAAAACAUUUGGAUGAGCAGAAAUCAAAUAAUCAGAUAGAAAUUGCAGAUGAAGCUAUCGAACAACAACCAGGACCUAGUGCCUCAGCACCGGUUGAUGACAACAAUCUAGUUAAUGAUGAUCAACAAACUUUAGAUAACAAAAUAUUAUCCGAAAUAAUUUUACCACCAUCAUAUCAUAAAUGAAUCAGAAAUUUCGAUCGACAAAAUCAGACAUGAAAAACGGUACCCAUUUAUUUUAUUUUAUUUAUUUUAAAUUAAAACUUGUAUUGUAUUGAUCUAUA